AUGGGUCGACAGAAGGAGCUGGUGUCCCGCUGCGGGGAGAUGCUCCACAUCCGCUACCAGCUGCUUCGCCAGGCGCUGGCUGAGUGCCUGGGGACCCUCAUCCUCGUGCUGUUUGGCUGUGGCUCUGUGGCCCAGGUCGUGCUCAGCCGGGGCACCCACGGUGGUUUCCUCACCAUCAACCUGGCCUUUGGCUUCGCCGUCACCCUAGGCAUCCUUAUCGCUGGCCAGGUCUCUGGGGCCCACCUGAACCCCGCCGUGACCUUUGCUAUGUGCUUCCUGGCGCGUGAGCCCUGGAUCAAGCUGCUCGUCUACACCCUGGCUCAGACUCUGGGAGCCUUCCUGGGUGCCGGGAUCGUUUUUGGGCUGUAUUAUGAUGCAAUCUGGGCCUUCGCCAACAACCAGCUUAUAGUUUCGGGCCCCAAUGGCACAGCCGGCAUCUUUGCCACCUACCCCUCUGGACAUUUGGACAUGGUCAAUGGCUUCUUCGACCAGUUCAUUGGCACAGCCUCCCUCAUCGUGUGUGUGCUGGCCAUUGUGGACCCCUACAAUAACCCUGUCCCGCGUGGCCUGGAGGCCUUCACUGUGGGCCUGGUGGUCCUGGUCAUCGGCACCUCCAUGGGCUUCAACUCUGGCUACGCCGUCAACCCCGCCCGGGACUUCGGCCCUCGCCUUUUCACAGCCAUUGCCGGCUGGGGCACGGAAGUCUUCACGACCGGCCGCCACUGGUGGUGGGUGCCCAUCGUCUCCCCACUCCUGGGUUCCAUUGCGGGUGUCCUCGUGUAUCAGCUCAUGAUCGGCUGCCACCUGGAACCGCCUCCACCCUCCACCGAUGAGGAGAACGUGAAGCUGUCCCACGUGAAGCACAAGGGGCAGAUGUGA